AUGGCCCGAAACGCCAAUAGGUAUCGACAACGACUACAACCUGAAGAACCACGAGACCUUGACUUCGAAUUAAAAAAAGAUUGCUUACCCGAUGGAUUCCUUCGUGGAGACGUUCGUGUUAAAGACCGUCGCCACCUUAUUUUCGCGACAAAAGAACAACUGAAGUUAUUGUCGAAAACAAAGCAUUGGUAUGCAUAAUAAUAACAUUACGACUUAAUAUCGAUGAAUAAUAUUUAGUCAUACAGUUGAGAGACUUAAUUACCAAUUUUAAAUUUCAAUUAAUUACUUUCUCUGUUGUCAGGUAUAUGGACGGUACUUUUAAGCUUUGUCGCCAACCUUUUGUACAACUAUAUUCGAUCAAUGCCUUAGUAAGCAGGUUCCCUUGGCAUUCGUGCUCAUGUCUGGACGAAAGACCACUGAUUACCAAAAGGUAAGACAAGUUUUCAAUAGAUUGCAAUUAUUAUAACCGUGAAAUAUCUAGCUAACUAAAUAGUAUUGAAUAGCGCCAAUAGUACCAAGCAUAACAAAGAUAAUUAUUUAUGAAAUAUUGUGUUUUGUAGGUACUGGAGAAGAUAAUUGAAAUAUUGCCAGAAGAGCCAAGAGUCAAACGAGUGGUGCUUGAUUUUGAAAAGUCGGUUAGGAAAGCCAUUCCCAAAGUGCUGCCAAGAGUAAAACUAUCCGGUUGUGGAUUUCAUUGGAGCCAGGCCGUAUGGAGAAAGGUAUGAAAGUGAGGUCUGAAAAGGAAACAACAACAAGAAAUCUGUUCUUAUUUGCAUUUUAUUAACUCAUCAGAUCCAGUAUUUGGGACUUCAGGCUGCCUACCAUGAGCACAGACCAACCCAUAUGUUCUUGAGAAAAGUCAUGGCUCUACCAUAUGUACCCGCAGACGACGUGGAGGACAUUUUAACCGGCUCGUACAACAGGCUGACCAGAACGCUGCCCUACAAAACCUUCUUGAAUACGGGAGAAAGACAUGGAUCGACAGCAAUCGAUGGAAUCCAACCACUUGGUCUGUUUAUCGAAGGUUGGUUCAAUACCUAAGUCUAUAUUACCUCUUAUAUGCUUCGUAUUGCAUUGAAAAACGAGAAAAUGGUAAAAUUAAACAUCAAUUCAUAUGAUUAUAAAAUUUUUUAUUAUAGGAAUAUCCGCACAAACAACGACAUCGAGGGUUGGCACAAUAGGAUGA